CGUUCAAAGGCCCAUAAGAUUGACGCACAAUACGACGUCGGCUUCUCAUUCAUGUGUAGAACCAAAAACGGAUGUACCAAGAGCUAGAAGCGUACUUGCGCGUUCCCCAGACUUCCCUAAAUUGAAGAUUUCAAUUUGUUCUGUCCAUCUCUGAGUGAAAUUGGCUAUCGACCGGCCGAAUCUACGAGACAUUGAGAUUUGACAAUGUCUUCUCUUGCAGCUGCUAGAGCAGAUAAUUUUUAUUACCCUCCAGAAUGGACACCCAAGAAGGGUUCAUUGAACAAAUUCAACGGUCAACAUGCUCUCAGAGAAAGAGCAAGAAAAAUAGACCAGGGAAUCCUUAUUAUAAGAUUCGAAAUGCCAUACAAUAUCUGGUGUGGUGGAUGUGAAUCAAUGAUUGCAAAGGGUGUACGGUUUAAUGCUGAGAAAAAGCAAGUGGGAAAUUACUACUCUACGAAGAUAUGGAGCUUUUCCAUGAAGGCUGCAUGCUGUAGACAUGAAAUUGUCAUCCAAACAGAUCCAAAGAACUGUGAGUAUGUCAUUAUUAGUGGAGCUCGGCGGAAGAUUGAAGAGUAUGAAGCUGAAGAUGCAGAAACCAUGAUUCUACCUGUUGAAGAAGACCGAAGUAAGUUGGCAGACCCCUUUUACCGACUUGAGCACCAGGAGGAAGAUCUAAAGAAGAAGAAAGAAGCUGAGCCUUUACUUGUCCGUCUUCAGAGAGUAUCAGAUGCAAGACACUCUGAUGAUUAUUCCUUAAACAAGGCCCUACGAGCCAGAUUAAGGGGCCAAAAGAAACGUGUCGCAGAAGAAGAAUCUGCAGCCCGGAAAGCGGGACUUGCUUGUAGAUUGCUACCUGUAUCCGAAGAGGAUGCUGUGGCUGCUUCCCGCAUUAAAUUUGCCCACAAGUUUGAUAGGAGCAUAAAAGAUAAAAGAGCAAUGAUCAAUGCUUCCUCCAUAUUUUCUGAUUCAUCAAAGAACUUGGACCUUGUAGCAAAGAGAAGAAAAAUAAAUGCUUCAGGUGCAUCAAGAUUAUUGGUUGGAGGGUUCAAACCUUCAUCUUGGUCCCAGACUGCUGCUCAUAGCAAUCACAGAAGGUUGUAACUCAGUUGUCCCAGUCUAGGGAUGUUGUUGCUUUGAGCUCGCUUGUAAUUUUCGUUCAAUCCAUAGUUUUCGUUUUUGAGUGUAUGCAUGUACAUGACUGCUGUAUGCGGCAUCCUUGUUUAUCUUCGAAUUCUAUGUUCGAAUUUGUGUUUAGUUAUUGGCCUCGUUUACAGUGACGUAGCCAAACAAACAAUACUUAAAUGUAUAAUGUACUAGUAUCUUUACCCGUGCCGUGCACGGGACAAAAUGAUUUUUUUAUUUAGUUUUACUAAAGA